AGCGCCGUAUAAAUUGCGUCCGUACUCGCCUUCAUUCCCCUCCAAAACCCACGCCCAAACGCCCCCGUAUUUCUUCUGCCAACCAUGAUGCUCUCCCUAAAUAUGGCACCGCCGGAAAUCGCAGAAGAAUUUUGAAGGAACCAAUCGAACAAGACCAGAAAACAAGCUCAGCCCCAAGUGUCAAACAGAUCUGUAUCUGAGUAUCUUAUCACCGCAUCGCAUCUGUCGAAUGUGGAGCUUUCCUCUCGUCUCCUCCAUCAAUCGGAUUCACCUCUGCCAGUUUCUUCCGAACCACAACAUGUACGCCCUUACUCCGCCUUUCUUGCAUCUUGACCCUGCCUGAAGAAGCUCUACUACAAGCUUCCAAGUUCCAACCUUUCUGUAUCUGGUCAGCCGUACCUCACGCGGAGUGUCCUACACUCUUCUUCACGCGAUUACUCCCCGGAGUGCUUCAUUGCAGUGGAGAAGAUACGUUUCUAAAUGAUUACGUACGAGCAAGAUCCCGAUGUGGUCAGGUGGGGUCUCCAGUUAUUCGACGGCGAUCCAUAUUCUAACUACAGUUAUGGUGCAUCAAUCAGCCCAAAUGGUCCAGAGUAUUAUCAGCAAGAUCAGUAUUUUAAAGAAGGCAUUUAUAGUUUAGCUUCUAUCCCCGUGGAAAGUGAGUAUAAUGCUUGUUCUCUUGGGGAAGAACUAUCGCAGCUCUCAGUUGCUGAACCGCAUUCAGACAUCCAUCCAGUCAUCGAUCAUACACAAACGCCUUAUUAUUCUCAGGAAUGGUUUAGUCAACCAAUGGACAACUAUGCAUUUGUAGGAAAUGAGCACGAAGAAGCAGAAACUGUUAAUGUUGGGCCAUCUAGUUCAUGUUCAAGUCCUCGAGAAGGUUCAUACACUGAGGAGGAGUGGUCAUAUUCUCUUGAAUUGCUGGACGAAUAUGAUCUCGAUGGUGAAGUAGGUAAAAGAUUGAACCAGAUGGUUCCUAUCCCACAUAUUCCUAGGAUUAAUGGGGAAAUACCAUCAGUUGAUGAGGCAACUCUAGAUCAUCAAAGGCUUCUUGACAGAUUGCAGAUGUAUGAGCUUGUAGAGUCUAAGGUUCAAGGGGAUGGUAAUUGUCAGUUCCGGGCUCUAUCUGAUCAAUUUUACCGGACCACUGACCAUCACAAAUUUGUUAGACUGCAAGUUGUGAAUCAGCUCAAAUUGUUUCGAGAGAUAUAUGAAGGAUAUGUGCCCAUGGCAUAUGAUGAUUAUCUUCAUAAGAUGUCAAAGAGCGGUGAGUGGGGAGAUCAUGUAACGUUGCAAGCUGCAGCAGAUUUGUAUGGUGUUAGAAUAUUCGUGUUAACAUCUUUCAAAGACACUUGCUACAUUGAAAUAGUGCCCAACACUCAAAAAUCUGAACGAGUUAUUUUCUUGAGCUUUUGGGCUGAAGUUCACUAUAACUCUAUACAUCCUGAAGGAGAUGUUGUAACAGAUGUCGGUAAAAAGAAGAGAAGCUCAGCCUCUGCAGACGAGCAGUUGGAAUCCCAUGAUAAUUACAGCUGAGGUGUAUGACAGAAAAAGAUUCUCUUCAUGCCUUCCUAUUUCAUUAUGAAUCUCAGGGAAUAAAUGAAAUGGUAGGGCUAUGUAUCGACACUGUUUCAUUUCUUUUCCCCAUGUGAAAUGCUAAGAAAAGUUCUUUCAGCAUUUCACGAUGGAAACUGCUCCUUGUUUGGCUAAGCAAGUGGGACCCACGUUACUUUUACAAAGAAUUUUAUUUUAAGAAAAUAAAGUCACGUGAUUCCCACUUCGUUAGCCAAUCAAAGAAAACAGAAGUGAUUGUGUUGAACCACAACUAUAUCAAUUCCUUAGAUGUUUCAAUUGUUCAUUUAUUGGAAGUUUGACAGAAUUUCAAGGCAAUUGUCUGAAGAUAUAAUAAGUCUUAUUGGACAUAGUUACUAAUUACCAUGAUGUGUGUGUGUGGG